AUGGCCGCUCACUCUGACCCAGCUCUGACCCAGCUCAGACACAGCUCUGACCCAGGUGUGUGUCGUUUUCCUGUUUCAGCUCUGACCCAGGUGAAGCUGUGGGCCAUUGAUCGACAGUGUUACCAGACCAUCAUGAUGAGAACGGGACUCAUCAAACACGCAGAGUACAUGGACUUCCUGAAGAGCGUUCCGACCUUCGAGGGUCUUGCGGAGGAAACACUCAGCAAACUGGCCGACGUUAUGGAGGAGACUCAUUAUAAAGAGGGUGAUUACAUCAUCAGACAGGGCGCCAGAGGUGACACCUUCUUCAUUAUCAGCAAGGGUGUGGUGAACGUGACCAAGCAGGAUUCAGCCAAUGAGGAGCCAGUUCACCUGCGAGAGCUUGUCAAAGGAGACUGGUUUGGAGAGAGAGCACUGCAGGGUGAGGACAUCAGAACCGCGAAUGUCAUCGCCAUUGAAGCCGUCACCUGCCUGGUCAUCGACCGAGAUUCAUUCAAGCAUUGAUUGGUGGAUUAGAAGACGUGUCAACAGAGCCUACGAGGACGCCGAGGUC